CCAUACCAAUCAGUUGGCGUAGGAUAACAAUAAACAACCUGAAACAAGAGAUACGCAACAACGGAACCUGUCGCUCCGAUUCGACACAAACACAACCGAAAAUACGAGUCGAGACAGCGACAGACAGUAGGAGUAACGUGUCGUCAAGUCGCAGGGGAUUCUUGUAGAUCCUGCCACAAAGGAUUUCCGAGUUGUUGUGUCAAGCCGUGAGGAUAGUUACGAGCUACCCCCUUCCUUAGCCCCCUGCAGCUAGCUGUGGCUCAUUCCUUGUUUUUGCUCACUUUGUGUUAGUCUGUUAUGCAGUUGCCAGAGGACUGUACUCGUACUGGUUCUCCUCCGCCACCUCUUUGCUCCCUUUCCCCGCUCUCUCUGGCCCUAUGUCUCGCUGGCUUUUCCCCUGGUCAGGCUCAAUCAAGAAACGGGCCUGUCGGUACCUCUUACAGCACUACCUCGGCCACUUUCUGCAGGAAAGACUGAGCUUGGACCAGCUGGGUUUGGACCUGUACAACGGCAGCGGUGUCAUCAAGGAAAUCAACCUCGAUGUCUGGGCGGUCAAUGAGCUUUUGGAGUCUCUUGGGGCUCCUCUGGAGAUAGUGGAUGGCUUUGUGAACACCAUAACAGUGACCAUACCCUGGCAAGCUCUCCUGACUGAUCACUGCACUUUAGAGGUUUCUGGUCUCCAGAUAACAUGUCGACCCAAGUACAGGACCAGUGGGGGAUGGGACUCUCAAGGCUGGUCAUCAAGCAUGACCUCCAGCAUGCAGCUGGCUCAGGAGUGCCUGAAGGACCCCCCGGAGGCUUCAGAGGAGCCCCCGCCCCAGCUGGAGGGGCUGGAGAUGUUUGCACAAACCAUUGAGACAGUCCUUCGUCGUAUUAAAGUCACCUUCAUAGACACUAUCGUUCGCAUCGAGCACCAGCCCCUGGACCUGGAAACAGGCGUGGCCUUAGAGAUGCACAUCAAACGGCUGGAGUACUUUGAUGAGGCCGUGCGAGAUCCAGCCAGUCAGACGGCCGUGCCUGUGGACAUCCACCAGCCGCCCGCCUUCCUGCACAAGAUCCUCCAGCUGAGCGCCGUGCAGCUGUUCUACGACAGCACUGGCACAGUACAGGGUCCUCUUAAGCGACAACACCCUGAAUCAGCAACGGCAAGUGAAGGAGAGGAGGAGGAGGAGGAGGAAGAAGAGGAGGAAGAAGAAGAAGAAGAAGAGGGAGGAAGAAGAAGAAGAGGAAGAGAUGAAGAAGGAGAUGAUAAUGAUAAUGAGGGACUGAAGAGAAUGCGAAGCCCCCUGAAAUCCGCUCCCUGCCCUCCGUCUCAGCCGCUGAUCAUAGGAAGCUGUUCCGGUUCAAUCGAGACCACCGUCAAGAUCAAACAGAAUCUGUGUUUCUCUGUUCCUCAGUUUGAGUUGGACGGCAAGGUGGGCUGUGUCCACAUGCUGCUGUCUCCAGAUCAAAUAACCCACCUGACAGACCUGCUGGCAGCCCUCUGCAUAGACACCGAGACAGACACUAAGUGUGAUGGAGCCCUCAGUCGGCCCUUGGACUCAGAUGACCUGCGUCUGAUUGAGGAGGACCUCAGUAAGCAGCUGGGCUCCAGUCCCAGAGACAGAGAGUGGGAAACUGAGCCCGACCUGGACCCCUACGUCACCUGCCAGGAGAAUGGAGAGAUGUUUUUCUCCAUGUGUCCUGCUGGAAUGAGCAGUAGCGUGACGUCUGUGCGCUCUGGCAGCGAGUUCUCAGACAGCGAUAUGGAGUCCUCGACACACAGUCUGUCCAGCUUCACACAGCCGGCAUCACUGUCUGCACAGGGCAUGGGGAACGGUCCCAGAAGGCAUCCUGUAGCGGGCUGUCUGUCGAGUCUACCCCAGGCAAGCGGCCGGACCAGAGGACGCUCCCACAGCGGAGCGGAGCAGCUGAAGCCGGAUGCUCUGCUGCGUCUGACACUCGGUGGGCUCACCCUCACCCUGCUGCAGGAGGACCCGCCCUCUAAUCCUGACGAAGCCACGUCGUUGGCUCAGGUGUCUCAGGUGUUCUUCCGAGAGCUGGCCUUCUUUAAGGACAGCAUGUUCAGCGAGAGGGACUUCCACCAUCUGAGAGGCGGCUUCGCCAAGGCCUGCCCACAAUCCAUCUCAGUGACAGGCGCAGCAGUGCAGGUUGCUUGUGAGAUGCGGAGUGGGUCACGCCACAACCGGGCCGUGACCUCUGACCUUUCCUUCAGCAGACUGGAACUGUUAGAGUGCCUCUGGGAGGACGGGAAGCCCCAAUACAGCGAGCUGCUUCAGUUCCAGAAAGCCGGUCUGUUCACAGUUGGAGCUGCAGCCAGACCAUGUGCCCAACUACACUACGGCCUCACUGAGAAACACAUGCGUAAAGGUAAACAGCGAGUGGUGCGGCGGGACAGUGUAGUGCGGGUGGAGCUGGCAGAGCUGAGCGCUGAGCUCGACCUGGACAUCCUCACUCGCCUGGGGAACCUGAGCAAGGCCUUCGCCCACUGUCCCACAGACACUGCUGCACCGGGACUCAUGCAGACCCAGAGCAGCGAGCUGUACUCCUCCUUCUCCCUCCUCUCCCCACACGCCAUCCUCAGGCUUCGUUUCCCCAUACCCGACCUGCGGCCCCUCCCUAAGCGUCGCCCUCCUACCCAGAGGGCAGUGCGGCAGGAGACUCUCGUGCUGGAGCUGACGGAGCUGGAGCUGAAGCACCAGGAGGCCCCGGACCUCCAGAGCGAGCAGCCUGCGGUGGGGGAGCCGUGGGCCCCCUGCCUCACACAGCUGCUGGAGGCCUCCUUCACUGACCUGCAUGGGUCAUACGAGGGCUGGGAGGGCGGCUCUUUCCCCUUUAUCAGAGUGAAAAAGAACCGCGACUCUUCACCGAGGAUAUCGGUGCGUGUGCGUGGAGGGGACCCUCAGGGCCCGGCAGCAGGUCUGGGGGGGAUGAACCUCAUCAGUGACCUGGGGGCCGCCUUCUUUGAAAGUCACUGUGAAAUUAACGACAAAACCAGCUCCCCGUUCUCCUCCAACCGCACCAUGUUUGAGACUGAGGAGAUGGUGAUUCCAGCCGACCCCGAGGAGAUGCGUCAGUUUCAGGCGCAGUGUGUCGCUCAGUGUCAGUGUGCGGUGGACAUCCACCUGCCGCUGGCCUACAUCCUCCUGCCCAGCAAACAGGCCUUCCAGAGCUUCUACAACAGGAUCAAUAAUGAUCUGUUGAUGUGGGAGCCGCCCCCCCCCUCCGCCAGCAGCCCCGAGCACAGCCGCCAGCACCACGAAGAGUUCCAGCUCUGCAAGUCGGCCUUUAGACUGGACUCUGAUUCAGACGAGGACGACCCUCAGUUCUUCUUGGCCAGUGAUUCAUCUGGAAAGACAAAGCUCCCCCGUCCCAACCACAACCUCAGCCUCCUCUCCCUCACUGUGAUCAUCAGCAAAGGGCGCCUGCAAACCAGAACAGACAAGAAGGAGGACCAGAGUCAUGGGGAAAUUGUGCUUGACCUGGAAGGGGGGAAGAUAUUCAGCGUGGCGCAGCACCAGAACGACCCCAAUCUCAAUUUCCUGUGUAUAGAGAGCCGACGAGUGGAGCUAUACCAUAAAGCGGUGGUGAAAGACACCCCCAUCCCACAGCGGUUGGAAAUACCCAAAUUCAAUCCCCCAAAGCACUUGGACCCUACCAUCUACCCCACAGAGGUGGGGGUGAGCAGUGUGAGCGGAAAGGAGGGGGAGUUGCAGAUGUUGUCCACAGCCAUCAAAGUCACACUGGACCCACAGAGGGGUGUUAAGGAGUUCCUAGUUGCCCUUCGACUUCAAGGUGCCACCAUGAGGCACUACAUGGCACCGACCAAUCACAGCUGGCAUGAGCAGCUGGUGGACUUUCUGGAUGUCAUUGAUGAUCCCAUUCUGGGAUACACAGCCCCCGCCGUCAUCACUGUCCUCCACACACACCUCGCUACCUGUGCGGUCGACUACAGACCUAUGUACCUGCCGCUGCGCGUGUUGUUCACAGCGGAGUCCUUCUCUCUGUCCAGUAACAUCAUCGUAGACACGGCCACCUUUCACCUCAGAUUCAUCUUGGAUGACUCUGCUCUCUACCUCUCUGACAAAUGUGAGACUGACGUUGUGGACUUGAGGAGAGACUAUGUGUGUGUUCUGGACAUUGACCUGCUGGAGCUCGCCAUCACUACAUGGAAAGGCAGCGAUACGGGCAAGCUGUCUCAGCCUCUCUUCGAGCUCCGAUGCUCCAACAAUGUGGUUCACGUUCACACCUGUGCUGAUUCCUGCGCCGCCCUGGUCAACCUGCUGCAGUACCUCGUCUCGCAGGGGGACCUGCACCCCCCGCCGCGACACACCUCACCCACCGAAAUCGCUGGCCAGAAAUUACCAUUGUCAGAAAGUCCUGCGGCGAUGCUGCCCUGCCCUCCAGCUGAAACUGCAGAGAUCAACCAGUACGACCUCGCUGAUGCCUUAAUCGACACGGAGAAGAGCCACAGAGAAGAGAGCUCAGAUCCUGGUUCACCCUCCAUGCCCAGAGGCUCGCCCGUCUCUGUCUACCUGUUCCCGGGCGAGGCCCCGAAGCGAAGCCCCUCCGUCCUGCUGGUUGAGGACGCUGAGCUUGAUGGACUGGUUGCCACAGCAACAGAGGCGCAGGCAGAUAUGAUGUCUGAGGAAGGAUCCGACGGCUCGACCGACAACGAUGACUUCUGCAUAUUGGAGGCCCCUGGGAUGGGCAUUCCUCCGCGGGACGGGGAGCCCGUGGUGACGGUGUUGUCCGAGGGCCCCAUCAAGCUGAAGGAGAGUCACUUCUCCAGACCCCGAGGCAGCUCAGACCUGCUGCGAGCGCCGAGCCGCUUCCCCGUGCCGCAGAGCAGAGUUGUGCUGAGGGAGAUCUCCGUGGUCUGGCAUCUCUACGGGGGCAAGGACUUUGGGGGCAAGCCCAUGUCAAUACAUGCCCAAAACACUAACAGAGGUCGUUCAGCCCCCGCUGGAGUUCGGGGGUCCCCGUCUCGCUCGGCCACCACCUCCCGUCCCCAGAACUCGUGGCGCUGGGCCGGAGGCAGCGGCCGCCAGCACCAACUGUUGAUGGAGAUCCAGCUCACCAAGGUGUCCUUCCAGCAUGAGUCCUACCCAGGGGCAGUAGCGGGGCAGGAGGGGGAGGGGUUCCUGAUGGCUGGCGUGGGCCCCGGGGGCGAGCAGCCCCUCUCCAGACAGGUGUUCAUCGUCCAGGAGCUGGAGGUCCGAGACCGACUGGCCUCCUCACAACUCAACAAAUUCCUUUACCUCUACACCAGCGAGAGCAUGCCGCGCCGAGCCCACUCCAACAUGCUGACGGUGAAGGCCCUGCAGGUCUGUCCAGAGUCUGGCCUCGGUGGACCGGAGUGCUGUCUUCGGAUCAGCCUGCUGCCUCUACGUCUUAACAUCGACCAGGACGCACUGUUUUUCCUGAAGGACUUUUUCAGCAGUCUAGCUUCCUAUGUUAACCCUUACCUGCCUGUGGACCCUGCAUCCGAAGUGAAAGCAGACCCCUCCCAGAAGGCCCCUGAGGAGGCGGAGGCUGGUCUGGGACCUGACCUCUCAGCGUCUGUUGAAACCACCUUCAGCGAGCAGAGCUCCUGCUCUGCCGGCUCCACCUCCUCCUCCGACCAGCCCAUCUACUUCCGGGAGUUUCGAUUCACCUCUGAAGUGCCUAUCUGGCUUGACUAUCAAGGCAAACAUGUUGUCAUUGAACAGGGAACGUUUGCAGGAAUCCUGAUUGGUCUGGCCCAGUUGAACUGCUCUGAGCUGAAGCUGAAGAGGCUCUGCUGCAGACACGGUCUCCUCGGUGUGGAUAAAGUGAUCCAGUACGCCGUCACUGAGUGGCUGACGGACAUCAGGAAGAAUCAGCUGCCGGGCAUUCUGGGAGGAGUGGGUCCCAUGCACUCAGUGGUCCAGCUGUUCCACGGAGUGAGGGAUCUGUUCUGGUUGCCCAUAGAGCAGUACAGGAAGGACGGGCGUAUUAUCCGAGGUCUCCAGAGGGGGGCAGCCUCCUUCGGGACGUCCACAGCUUCAGCUGCUCUGGAGCUCAGCAACAGGCUGGUGCAGGCCAUACAGGCCACAGCAGAGACGGUGUACGACAUACUGUCUCCCACUCCCCCCCUGAACCGCUUUGCCAUCACAGAGGGCCGGGCCCCCUCCAGCCGGCCCCGCAGAGCCGCUCAGCCCGCAGACCUGCGAGAGGGCGUGGCCAAGGCCUACGACACCGUCAGAGAGGGAGUGAUUGACACGGCUCAGACCUUGUGCGAUGUAGCAUCCCGCGGCCACGAACAGAAGGGUCUGCCCGGCGCUGUGGGCGGCGUCCUGCGGCAGAUCCCGCCCACCGUGGUCCGACCUUUAAUAGUGGCCUCUGAAGCAACCUCCAAUCUGCUCGGUGGCAUGAGGAACCAGAUCAAACCAGACGCCCGGAAGGAGGACUUCCUGAAAUGGCGCACCGACGGCCAAGAAUGAUGACAACUUCUAUGUUUCUGUGUGAGAGAGUGUGUGUGAGAGAAUCUGAUUUGUGGAGAUUCUAGCUAAGGGAGCGAAUCCACGGUUUGAAUGCGUAUUUGCAUGUGUGUAUGGACUAAUGAGAGUCAGUGUUCGCUCUAAUGCAAAACAAAGCAACGACUGCAGUUACCAGUGUUUCAUUUGGCUCCAUCAUACAUGGACUCACCAGAUAUAAACAAUUCGUUUUGUAAGAACUAUCCUCAUGUUCCUCUGUUAUACACAGGUCAGUAGAUUCUCCUACUGUCUGUGAAAACAUAUCACCGUCACUCAACUGGCUUCAUUUUAAUCAACACUCUCAAGGUUUGCUUGUUCAUAAGUAAGACACAGAUUGUGGGCACAUCAUGUACUUUGAACUGUGCUGUUGAAACUGUUUGUAUUUUAAAUGAAAGAAGUGAUUUCUGGCACGAUUUCUCUUUCUUCCAUUAUCUAGUAUAAGUUGGAGGAAGAAGUUGAACUUAUGCCGGAAAUCACGUUUUAUUAUAAUUCACCCAUGACUAGCUGAGAACAGUUUACUUUAUUUGUGAUGUGUUGAGCUGGCACAUGAUAUAACCCACCCUUUGGUCUACUUGUUGUCCAGUGAUGCUCAUAGUGGAGAUUGUGUGACAUCCUAAUGAAGUGUCCUUUGCUAACACCUUCCAGAUGUCUGCAGAUGCUUGUCCCUCUGACUUAUACCACAUCAUUUGUUCAGCUUUGGCUCCACUGCAUCUCUCAGUGUUGUUAAUUGUGCCAUAAAGCUUGCAGUGCCCUUUUUAACUAGUUAGUGUUGCCUUUCCAAAACCUGCACCCUCCCUGCUACGAUUCACGUACAACACACACUGGCUGACAUGGACACACUGAGAACAUGUUUCCCGACUGAACAGAGAUACAGCUCAAAUGAAGCCUCUAAACUCUGUAGCACAUUAAACUAAUUUAAAGCUUUUCAAAGUAAAGUUUCAGCUCUCUGUAACUCGCAGUCCAGAUGUCAGCCAGUGGUUCUUCCUUCUGCCUUGCAGCUCAUUUGUGCUUCUUGUUUCCAUUAAGAUUUAAAAACUGGUGUCUGGAUUAACCAACUCUUCAGUGUUGCUUCGCCCUCUCCUUUAAUUGCCUUCCUGCAUUUUUUUAUGUUUCUUUGUUUUGUUUUUAUUCUGUUAAAGCAUAAAGUAUUGUCAUACUCAUUUUUAAAAUAAGAGUUAAAAGGAUGUGAAUCUGGUGACGAUAGAGGAUACAAGAAAUUGGGGGUUUUGUGGUUUAAAAAAGUUUUACAUUUGUAUCUUUUUUGUUUAUUCAGUGUAAGGGAUAGGUGUCCCUGUUUGAGUGUGUUGGUGUGUGUGUCAGUGGGUGAGAAUGAGUGUGUGUUUGUGUGCGCGCAUGAUGCACGUCUGUGAAGGUGACAGGUUGAUGCUUGUUACACCUCUUGUGUGUAAUUACUAUUUACGAUAUCAUAAACUGUGUGAAUGACCUGUAUAAUACAAAGAUGAGGAGUAUACAAAAUUAAUACAAAAAAAUAAAAAAUUUGAGUAUAAAAAAGGAA